AUGUCCACUCAAGCAUCAUCAUCAUCCACUGCCCCUCAACCUAAUUCAGGAGGUAUCAUAACUCAACCACCUCCACCUUCGACACUUCGAGAGUCAAGGAUAGCGACUCAUAGUCAUAUAAAGGGAUUGGGAUUGGCAGAUGAUGGUACUGCUAUGGAUUUCAGUCAAGGUUUCGUAGGACAAAAAAUGGCAAGGGAAGCUUUAGGUUUACAUCUUAGUUUAUUGAAAUUGGGCAGACAUAGUGGUAGACCAUUACUCCUUGUUGGUCCUCCAGGUACUGGUAAAACCGCUUUAGCUCUCGCGCUGAGCCAAGAGUUGGGCUCGAAAGUACCUUUCUGCGCGAUGGUGGGAUCCGAAGUGUACUCUGGAGAAGUGAAGAAGACUGAAGUAUUGGGAAGUUGUUUCAGGCGAGCUAUAGGUCUGAGGAUCAAGGAAACAAAAGAAGUGUACGAAGGAGAAGUAACGGAACUUACACCUUCAGAAGCUGAAAAUCCAUUAUCUGGAUAUGGUAAAACCAUUUCACACGUGAUAGUGGGAUUGAAAACUGUUAAAGGAACAAAACAACUUCGUUUGGAUCCAUCAGUAUAUGAAUCUAUUCAGAAAGAAAGAGUCGUAGUUGGAGAUGUGAUUUACAUCGAGGCAAAUACAGGAGCUGUUAAAAGAGUUGGAAGAUCAGAUGCUUAUGCUUCAGAAUAUGAUUUAGAAGCUGAAGAAUAUGUACCUUUACCAAAAGGGGAUGUACAUAAGAGGAAAGAAUUAGUUCAAGAUGUUACGUUACACGAUUUGGAUAUGGCGAACGCUAAACCUCAAGGUGGUCAAGAUAUAAUGAGUGUAAUGGGUCAAUUAGUCAAAGGUGGAAGAACAGAAGUAACUGAUAAGUUAAGAAAAGAAAUUAAUAAGGUCGUGGAUAGAUAUAUUGAACAAGGUGUAGCCGAGUUAGUACCGGGUGUAUUGUUCAUUGAUGAGGUCCACAUGCUAGAUAUGGAAUGUUUCACAUAUCUCAAUCGAGCAUUGGAAUCACCAAUGUCACCAUAUGUUGUCCUAGCGUCUAAUCGUGGAAUCUGUACGAUCCGAGGAACUGAAUAUGAUGGACCAACAGGAUCUUCAUCUGAAGGAAUUCGAUCACCACAUGGAUUACCAAUUGAUUUACUGGAUAGAUGUAUGAUUGUGAAAACAUCUUUAUACUCAAGAGAUGAAAUCAGAAAAGUGGUCGAAAUGAGAUGUAAAAUCGAGAAUAUAAAUAUAAAUCAAUUGGCUCUGAAUAAAUUAGCUGAUCAAGGUGAAAAUUCUUCGCUAAGAUUCGUACUUCAACUUUUGACUCCAGCAAGUAUAUUAUCCAAGAAUAAAGGGAAAUUGGAAGUUGAGAUUGAUGAUAUAGAAGAAUUAGAUGAUUUGUUUUUGGACGCGAAGAGAUCGACUGGUGUGUUGAGAGGUUUAGAAGAUUUAGAUAAGAAAUAUUAG